GGUUACCCGACACGGGCCGUGUUGGGGGACACUGAGCAGCCCUUUGAAGCUUGGCAUUUUUGUGUGAUGCAUGAACUCCAAUCGCUUCUACAUCUUUGGACAUCUGUGUUACAGCAUAGUCUGGUGAUUGUUCAUCAGCAUGACCCUGAGUCAUAAGUUCCUGGGUUUGUUUCAUGGUCCUCCCACCUUGUUUAAGAGGGGGAAAGUAGGUUAAUCCAUGUUAGUGUUUCCAUUGAAAACCCUCCUCCACUUCUGGUGAUUAAUCAUUACCCCUUAACCUCACCCCUAAAUAUUGACGUUAAAGUAGAAAUUUGGCUUACUUAAAAACGACUCUUUAAUUCAGCCUAUGCCCUUAACAGCAUAGUGUUUUUAUUUAGUAUUUAUUGAAAGUAUAGGAAGCGUCAUUCUUAGGAAAUAGAAAUUGUUAAUAGAACUCUCCCUUGAGGAAUUGACAGUAUUAUGUAGUAGAGAACAUUAGGUAUGAGAACAGUAAAAGCAACAAAAGAGUUAGCAUAGGGGUCUCUAGAUAAAGAGAUAACUGAGAAGCCAUUUUAGUUGUCCCAGUACUAGAGCUGACAAAGGGCUGGAUUUGCAGAAAUCAGAGAUUGGCCAAAGUGCAAAGGAAAGAAUAAUUUUCUGCCAGAGGAGAUAUGGCUUGCAUCACUCAACCUAAGAAGGUGAUGAUUGAAGACAAGCAGGUGUGAAAGUGUAGAUCCCGGGUGUCAUGUAGGACAAGUGAGUUCACUGAGAUGGAUCUGUUCAGGAGGAAGGGGCUGGAGCUUGAAAAAGUCUGAGCAGAGAUACAGAUGGAGUCAGUCCAAUUGUUAAUACAGUCACAAAAGCUCAGGAAAGGCUGAGAAAAUGCCGCAUGCUGGGUUCUAUAGACUCGGGAGAGAUAAAGGUGAACAAGUUCAAUCCUCAAGUCUAGUGAGCUUUCUUUACAUGGUGGACACCUGCCAAGUCCAAUGCUAGGAAUUCACAACUGAAAACAAGGGCUUUUCGGGAGAGCAUAUGGGGUGUUCUGAGGGAUCCACAUAUAAAAGCUGAUGCAUUGAAAUCACCAUGGGGUUACUGCAGAGAGAUGAAGUGUUGCUGUUGGCAAGUUACAAAAGCUUUAUAGUUCCAUCUGAAACCUUCUGUACAAAGUAGCCAAGUAAAGGAGAGAUAAGAGAUACUUUUGGGUUUCAGAAACUGGAAGUACAGAUUUGUGGGUUAGAUGGUAAGGAGUGCCACUGUCUUAGUUUGGAUUUUAUUCCUGUAAAGAAAUACCAUGGCCAAGGCAAUUUUUAUAAAGGAAAACAUUUCAUUGGGGCUGGGUUUUGGUUUCAGAGGUUUAGUCCAUUGUACUCAUGGUGGGAUGCAUGGAACCAUUCAGGCAUACAUGGUGAUAGAGGAGGAGCUGAGAAUUCUAUAUCUUGGUCUGAAGUCAGCAGAAGGGGACUGUGUCCACACGGGGCAUAGCUAGAGCAUAGGAGACCUCAGUGCUUCCACAGUGACACACUUCCUCCAACAAGGCCCUAUCUCCUAAUAGUAUAACUUCCUAUGAGCCAAGCAUUCACACACAUGGAUCUGUUGGGGCCAUACCUAUUCAGACCACCACAGCCAUCCAGGUUUGGUACAGAGACAGGGCCAGUGAGCAAGCUGCAUUCAUGGAAGAUAGUGUGUGCCGGGGCACUUAGUGGAAGCCUUGCUUGAGGACUCUAGCCUGUGAAGGACAAACAUGAAAGUCACAGGAAUGUGAGGUGCAGGAGAACAGGAAGCCAGCCAACGAGCUCACCUCCCACCAUCAACACCUCUUAUGAUGCACAGUGUACAGCGGGCUUACAAACACUCUGGAGAGGAAGAGAGAAGAAAGAUGUGUGCUUGCCAGAUAAACUGCAGGAUGGAGGGACUACUACAUUACAUCAACCCAGCACAUGCCAUCUCUCUGCUCAGUGCCCUCAAUGAGGAGCGCCUCAAGGGACAGCUGUGUGACGUGCUCCUGAUUGUUGGAGACCAGAAGUUCCGAGCUCAUAAGAACGUCUUGGCUGCCAGCAGUGAGUACUUCCAGAGUUUAUUCACGAAUAAGGAGAACGAGGCACAGACUGUCUUUCAGCUGGACUUCUGUGAGCCUGAUGCUUUUGACAACGUUCUGAACUACAUUUACUCUUCUUCCCUUUUUGUGGAGAAGGGCAGCCUUGCUGCUGUGCAGGAGCUGGGGUAUAGCCUUGGUAUCUCCUUCCUGACCAACAUUGUUGCCAAAGCCCCUCAGGCUCCUUUUCCAGCCUGUCCCAACAGAAAAAGAGUGCCAGUGGAAGAUGAUGAAGCCAGCUCUCAAAAGCGAAGUGUCAUUGUGUGUCAGGGCAGAAGUGAAGUGCCAGGGAAUGCCAGUGGUCCAGCCAUUCAGGACCUCAGCCAUGCUGCCCGGGCCUCCCCCAGUGGUUCAGUCAAGACCAGCACCAGUAAGCCACAUGUGGCCAAGCCGCCAGAGCAGCUUCAUAGUCUGUCCUUAACUGAGAAGAGCUGGACAAAGGAUAGUGCUGCAGUAUAUGCUAAAUCUCUGGAACAGCCUGGGGCUUUGGAUGAUCCUAAUAGGGGCAAUUUGGUAAAGAGAAAUACAGUCCUGCCCCCAAAGCCUUCACAGGACAGGGAAGCCACAGAUGAUAAACCAGGGAUGAGUAGCCAGCUUCCCAAGGGGAAAGCUAUUGAGCUGGCUCUGAAGAGACCACGGCCCCCUGUUCUGUCUCUUCAUAGCUCAUCAGAGACUCCAUAUCUCUUAAAAGAAACUAGCAAAGGAGGCGGUCAGGGGGAGGAUAGGAACUUGCUCUACUACUCUAAGCUAGGGCUGGUGGUCCCAUCUGGUGGGCCUGCUUCUGCAAACCAGAGCAUUGACAGAAGCGGCCCACUAGUGAAGAGCCUCCUCAGGCGGUCACUAUCUAUGGACAGCCAGGUUCCUGUUUACUCCCCCUCCAUAGAUUUGAAGUCAUCCCAGGGAUCAUCCACAGCGGCAAAUGAGGCACCGGGCAGUGUGUUCUGUGCGAUGUCUCAAAAGUCAUCUUUAAAAGAUUGCAGUGAGAAAAAAGCCUUGGAUGACAGGCCUCAAGUGCUCCAGCCUCAUCGCCUCAGGUCCUUUAGUGCUUCUCAGUCGACAGACAGGGAGGAGGCCUCCCCUGUGACUGAGGUACGCAUUAAGACAGAACCCAGCAGCCCACUGUCAGACCCAUCAGACAUUAUUCGGGUCACUGUGGGAGGAGAUGCAGCAGCAGCAGCAGCAGCCGCUACGAGAGACCUGCCCCUCAAAACAGAGGAAGACCAGAGAGAUAUGAGCAGACUCCCAGCAAAGAGAAGGUUCCAGACAGACAGAAGGUCACCCUUGAAGAAGGCAAAGGCAAAUGAACACGGGCCUGCUGUCUCAGAAGAGAAUUGUGAAGAGGGCAGGAGCCCUCCUUCCCUUGACAGCAACUUCCCAGAUUCUGACUUAAACAGAGAGGAGUUUGGUGAGUUGGAGGGGACGAGACCAAACAAAAAAUUUAAAUGCAAACAUUGCCUUAAGAUUUUUAGAUCAACCGCGGGUCUUCACCGCCAUGUUAACAUGUACCAUAACCCAGAGAAGCCUUAUGCUUGUGACAUCUGUCACAAGAGGUUUCAUACCAACUUCAAAGUGUGGACACACUGUCAGACCCAACACGGCAUAGUGAAGAACCCAUCGCCAGCCUCUAGUUCCCAUGCAGUUUUGGAUGAGAAAUUCCAAAGAAAGCUGAUUGACAUAGUGAGAGAGAGGGAGAUUAAGAAGGCCCUGAUCAUUAAGCUGAGGCGCAGCAAGCCUGGCUUCCAGGGACAGAGUAGUUCCCCAGCACAGCAAGUCAUCAAGAGGAACUUGCGUCCCCGAGCCAAAGGGGCCUACAUUUGUGCCUACUGUGGCAAGGCAUACCGCUUUCUCUCUCAGUUUAAGCAGCACAUAAAGAUGCACCCGGGAGAGAGGCCCCUCGGCAUAAGCAGAGCUGCUAAGCCAAAAGAGCGGGCUCUGGCACGCGCGGUAGAGAGCAAGGAGGUUUACCCGUGCCGCCUCUGUAAUGCUAAGCUCUCUUCUCUUCUAGAGCAAGGCAACCACGAGCGCUUGUGCCGGAACGCCACCGUUUGCCCUUACUGCAGCCUCAGGUUCUUCUCCCCCGCGCUGAAGCAGGAGCAUGAGGACAGGUGUGAGUACAAAAAGCUGACUUGCCUGGAGUGCAUGCGCACCUUCAAGUCCUCCUUCAGCAUCUGGCGGCACCAGGUAGAAGUGCAUAACCAGAACAACAUGGCUUUAGCAGAGAACUUCGCCCUGGCCAGCCUGAACCACAAUGGUGAGGUGGCAGCUGCUUCCAGGCCUCAGACUGAGCCCAGCAAGGUAAACCAUGUGGCCACUCCAAAAGAGGAUACAGCAUUUAGCGACUCUUCAGAACAAGUGAACUUUGAUUCUGAGGAUUCCUCCUGCCUCCCUGAAGACUUGAGUCUUUCAAAGCAACUGAAAGUCCAAGUCAAAGAGGAGCCUGUGGAGGAAGCCGAGGAGGAGGCUCCUGAGGCUAGCGCAGCUCCCAGGGAGGCUGGCCCCAGCAAGGAGGCCGGCCUAUGGCCCUGUGAGAAAUGCGGAAAGAUGUUCACGGCACACAAGCAGCUGGAGCGGCACCAGGAGCUGCUGUGUUCCGUGAAGCCCUUCAUCUGCCACGUAUGCCACAAAGCCUUCCGUACCAACUUCCGACUCUGGAGUCACUUCCAGUCCCAUAUGUCUCAGGCUACAGAGGAGCCUGUGCAGAAAGAGUCAGAGGUGUGUCCUGUGCCCACAAACUCCCCCUCCCCACCACCUCUGCCACCUCCACCACCCUUGCCCAAGAUUCAGCCCCUGGAGCCCGACAGCCCCACAGGCCUGCCUGAGAACCCAACCCCAGCUACAGAGAAGCUGUUUGCACCCCAGGAGUCAGAUACCCUCUUCUACCACGCCCCACCCCUUUCAGCAAUCACAUUUAAAAGACAGUUCAUGUGCAAGCUCUGCCAUAGGACAUUCAAGACUGCCUUCAGUCUCUGGAGUCAUGAGCAGACACACAAUUAAAGGACCUACCCCUUCACCUGUCACAAAGCAGCAGGCCCUUGGCUUGUGAACUGUGUCCUAAGACAGACUAUUUGAAAAAAAUAAUAAUAAAGGUUGGAAAUUGUUAUGUUUGACUUUUAAGUUUGGGACGAAUUAAUAUUGGCUAAGAAUAACCUCACAGCUUUCUGGACCUCAGCACAGGGGUUUGAUUCUAUAACUCUUGAAGGUGGGUUAAUGUUGGUGAUUUAGCAUUUUGGUUUCUGGGUAGUGGGAUGCUCAGAAAGUGGUUUUUUGUUUUUUGUUUUUUGUUUUGGUUUUUGUUUUUUUUUUUGUUUUUGUUUGUUUUUUUUAUUACAGACACCUAAGUUUGAGGUAACCCUUAGCCAUGUUUCUAAGGCCAAAAACAUAAGGAAGAAGGGGAGUCAUUUGCAGUAUUGAGUCAGAUUUUAGAAUACUUUAGCAAUAAGAAAAGACAAGCUCCAACUUUAGUAAAUUAUCCUGACACUUGAUAAGAAAAAUAUUUGGUAUUUUGUGGUCCUAUAAAACUUCCUUUUUGUAUGAAAAUUGUGAGAAUUUAAAUUAGCAAUAGUCACACUUAGAUUUUUUUUUUUUUUAUAAAAGAACAAUCUGUCAAUCACUUCAUAUAAUCAGUGAUGGUCAUAUGCUAAGGGAGGCAGAGUAAUAGAAGCCUGUUUGUGGAGUUCUCUACAGUCGGCUGCAGCAGGUUAGUUGUGAAAGCCGCUGAAGUCUGUGGUGUGUUCUCUGCAUCAUAGCAUGGCUUUCAACUGGCGCUUUAGAACUGACAAUGUUUGUUCUCUGUCAGCUUGAAACUCAGGUGUCAUUGAGAUAAGCAGUGCUAGCGUGAGGUUAGCAGAGCAUAGCCUUACUGCAUCCUAGACCACCAUUCUCUCUAGAGGCUUCAGAGACUGGAGGAAAUGCCAGGUUGCAGUUUCCAUGUGCUCUCCAAGAACUGUACAUACAACAUACACAUUUUCUGCCUGUCUUUUGUGAGGACUUCUGUGGGGGUAUUGGAGUGGAUAGCAGUGAAAAUGUUAAUACAUGAUGUGCAAUUGUGUAUUAAAGCACUAGCAAGGGUCCAAAAUUAGGGUUGUUUGUUUGUUUGUUUUGUUUUUGUUUUUUUUGAGACAGGGUUUCUCUGUAUAGCCCUGGCUGUCCUGGAACUCACUCUGUAGACCAGGCUGGCCUCGAACUCAGAAAUCCACCAGCCUCUGCCUCCCAAGUGCUGGGAUUAAAGGCUUAUGUCACCACCGCCCUGUCAAAAUUAGUUUUUGCUACUUGAUUUGGUACUUAGGGUUUGGGCUCCUCUUUUGUUUUUUCUUGUUUUUUUUGUUUUUGUUUUUUGUUUUGUUCCAUGCAGGUUAUAAUUAAAUCUCUUCGUAGGCAGAAUCCAAAGUUCAGUGAAAUAUUUCAAAAGACAAAAGGAAGAUCAGUCUUGGAAAGGAAAUUAGGGAGACACAUACUCCCUAUUCACUUCUGCUGCAAGCUGUUUCUUCACACUUUCGAGGUGUGAUCUAACAGAGACACUGGCCCAUCUACUCACCAGCAUUCUACACCCAUAGUAGCAAAGGCAAUCUUUAUAUUGAAAACAUUUUUUUUUAUAAAAUACUAAUUGACUUUGUAUAUUAUAGAAGCUAUAUGUGGAAUUUUACCUUUUAUCUUUUCACUUGAGAAAGCUAUUAGAAAUCCCUAAAUAUGUCUGUAUUUCCUAUUUUGUUUCUUAAAUUUAGCAAAGAAGGGAAAUAAAAUUAGGCUGCAGUUACUAAUUCUUGCCAUCUGCUUUCUUGAACUAUGCAUUUUAGAGAUAAACUAAAAGUGUCCACCAUUUAAUGAAUGAAGCCAGUGCCAGGCUAGGUAGCUGUCCACUGAACUUAUUCCCUGUGGUGAGUGAAUGGUCUCUCCGUAGAGUGUUA